AUGCUGAGGAUCAUUGACACCAGUAAAAACAUUCUUGCCAACACUACAUCCUUCUACAGUAACAACAAUGCAGUAUUUGCUGAUAUGUGUAAUGCAGCAGAUUUUCCAAGCCAAAGCUACUUAGAAGAGGCAGGGUACUCUCUGAACUUCUCCAUCAAGAAGUUGUACAAAACACUUCAUGGGAUAUUCCCUAAAGUAGCAUGGAGGAAGCUGGUGUCCAAUAAUCAAGGGGCUGGAAAAUGGAAAUUCACUCUACAAAUGGCAGCUCAUGGUCGACUCUUAACAAGAGAUAGGAUUUCUAAGUGGGGCAUACAGACAAGCCUUGAUUGUCCUCUAUGUGAGCAGGACCAGGGAUCCAUUCAAUAUUUGUUUUUUGAUUGUAUGACUGCAGGAAAUAUAUGGAGGAAGUUAUUAGCAUGGCAAGGAGUGCAUAGACCACCUAUGAACUGGACAGAGGAACUUCAGUGGGCAACCAGGUUCUGUAAAGGGAGAAGUAGAGGAGCUGAAAUGCACAGAAUAUCCAUAGCUGCUGCAGUACAUUAUGUGUGGCAAGAGAAGAAUUACAGGAUCUUUCAGAGCACAAGAAGAUCUGAAGCAACCAUCUUGAGGAGAAAUAUUCAAGAAGUCUAUUAUAAAGCUAGCCUUGUACCUAAAUUAGCUUGUUAUGUAGUACAGUUCAAUAGUUAUCCUACUUAG